GUUUUCUGUGUUUGUUUACCCGUCUCCAUGGUCACACAUUCUCGAAAGCUGAGAGUUUAAACAUCCUGUUUGCCAAGUGUCUAUGGAAAUUGAUAAGCCAUUCAACCCUACAGGCCAGAGAAAUUUGGGUGAUUUUCAAUCUAAAUAAAAAAUACUUACUUUUUCCCCAAUCCUUUAUUCCUCAACUACAACUGAUUUGAAUGCAUUCAAUGUGAUUUUUUAAAAAUGUAAUUAUAUAGCUAGGCCUACCUGUGUACUUCAUGCCAAAUUGCCAAUAAAGAGAGCGAGAAAUAGAAAGGGAGCGAGCAAGAGAGAAAACGAAAACUGCGUUCGUUUCCUAACCUGCAAUGGCAAAACAAUUACAGCAGGUGGCAUAUUCAAUUCACGGUUGACGUUAUAGCACUACUCAAUGACACACACACACACCUUAGCACUGAUCGCUGCACAUUAAAACCUCACCUGUACUAUAAUAACCUAUAUCCUACCUAUAGGUUAUUGUUCCUCCUCGCCUAGGUCUAUAACAGAAUUCUAUCCAUAUGUCAAAGUGUCUGAUCUAAACGUGCGUAAGAAUUUAUAUUAUAAGGGUUUUAAUAGCCUAACAUCGAAACGUAUGGCAACAGCUCUUUAAAAAAGUAAGCUAUAUUCUGACUGGUUCUUGAAAUUGAACUUGACUGACAAUCGGGGGCUAUUAUGCUUAUUUCUUCAGCUGGCAACCAAUUGGAAGCCAAGAACACGUGGAUGCGACAGAUUUGGGACUGUGACAAGUAAAGUAGCCUCAGAUGUCAGUGUAGACGGGGGAAGAGAGAGGGGAGGCUGCGCGGUUGACGAACAUACUUUUACGCAGUCAAGCUCAGUCCGGACAAGAGGCUCACCUGUGCGGCGAAAAACAUGAGCCACCCAAGUGAGAAAGAUGCCUCUGACACAACCGAGAGCAAACCUAAAUCCCCCAUGCUCUCGUACUGCAUCGAAAGCAUACUCGGCAGGAGAAGUCCUCUCAAAGUCAGACUCACAGGAAUGCAAAGUUUACCAAUGCUGGCUGGGAGAGUGGAACAUAAUGCAUCUUUGGAAGGUAAUGUGUUGUUGGUUGACUUUCUCUGUAACAGUUUGCACCCUACUUUGGGCGCAAUAUGCAAUUAAAUAAUACAUGUCCAAAUGUAAACAUGUCCAAAUGUAUAUUGCAUUUGCAGCUAAUGGUUAAGAUAUAGCCAGUGCUUGACUUGGACUGAAAUAGGUUCCGGUACUGAUUUUGGGUGCCGGUGAUGUUUAUACAGUAUUUAGGUGCAGGAGCUCCACGAUACGUUUGAGCUAAUAGUCUAUAAGAGGAACAGGAGCUCAAGCAGUAGAACCUGAGGUGCCGGUAGGCCUACUCAGCUCCCGCCCAAGACAAGCGUUCAAAACGCAUACGAACAAAACAACAUGAGAAACACAAAAAAAUAGCCUCUCAGAAGAAUGCCGACAUACACCUGCCCACCAAGUUGCGGCGUCUAUAUGGCCCAGCGGGGAAGUUCAUGGACUCCAGUCGCGGAAUUCGCGAGCAUGAGGAGGAACAAGACAGGGAGCGUCCUCUAGACAAAGCCCACGAAAUUCUGAAAAUCACUCAGGCGCCACAAGUUAACAUCAGCCGCAGUAAAUCAUACAGGGAGAACGCGUCCCACAGUCCGAGCGAGGAAGAACAGAACCUCGGGCGAGGGAAAGAGGGGCAGGGGGAACUUGGCGCCCCAAAGUUCGAGGACACUUGCAAGGAGCUCAUCUGCGAAGACGUAGAAACGUCCCCGAAGAACGGGGAGAGUUUGCACAUCGAUGGAGAUGUAAAAGAUAGCGAGGACAACGUGUGCCUUUCAGCUGGCAGUGACUCAGAGGAGGGGAUGCUAAAGCGAAAACAGAGGAGAUACAGGACUACGUUUACAAGUUAUCAACUUGAGGAGCUGGAGAGAGCUUUCCAGAAGACGCACUACCCGGAUGUGUUCACGAGGGAGGAGUUAGCGAUGCAGUUGAAUCUCACGGAGGCGCGUGUGCAAGUGUGGUUCCAGAACCGUAGAGCUAAGUGGCGGAAACGAGAGAAAUCUGGGGUUCAGACUCACCCCCAGGGCCACCCCAUCUCUGGACCCCUGGGUGCAGCACACCACCUAAGCCACUACCUGGAGGGAAGUCCUUUUUCGCCCCACUCUCACCCCUCCCUGGACUGUGCCUGGACAGCUGCUACCACCUCAUUCCAGGGUCUAACCCACCCCCUCACCAGCUCCCCCCCCCCCCUGGGAUUUGGCCCCUUCCUGGGAGCAGCCAUGUUUAGACACCCCACCUUUAUUAGCCCCUCCUUUGGAAGACUCUUCUCCAGCAUGGGUCCCCUGACACUCUUACGCCAGGCCAUACCUGCAGUAGAGGCCCCAGUCCAGCCCCCAACGGCCUUGUCAGAGGCCUCCCCCUCCUCGCCUGUGGACCGCCGGGCCUCCAGUAUCGCAGCACUGCGCCUCAAAGCCAAAGAACACUCAGCUCAGCUGACACAACUCAACAUCCUACCUUCCAGCACCACUGGGAAGGAGGUGUGUUGAGAGACAUUAAACCCCCUCCAAUUCCCUCUACAUGGAGCAGGAGUCAUGACCAAAGGAAUAGCAGCUUUGAAGUGGUAGGCUAUAGCAAAACAAGGCCUCAUCUUUCCUAGUUAGUUGUCCCAAUGUUCUGUUACUCCAGACUGUCCACAACAUGCUUUCCUCAUGAACUGAAGAAGAGAGAAGAAAUACAAAUAGUGAACUGCCCUUUGACCCUCAGGAAUGACCCAUUAACAGCCUCUCACAGGGUGCUACAGGCCACCAAAGGAACAGCUCUAGGCCCUGGGGAGGUUUAAAAGGAGAGCAAUGCUGUAGAUCAUAUAAGCCUAAUGUAUAUUUAAUGUAUUGAUGAUAUGGUGUUUGUUGAUAGAUAGAUUUUCGCAGUCUUAUUAAAUUACUUGGGUAUUCAA